GGCGCAAACCCUAGUUAAUGCUGGCGCGGGGAGGGCAUCCCGGAGCCGUGGAUUCUAGAAUUUUCUUGCGUCCCUGUUCUUCCUUUCUUUUCCUGGUUUGAUGUUGCGUAGGUCGGUGAGCUCUAUUUUAUUCUUCUUCAUUCUAUUCGCGCCUCUCUGUUCCUCUAUUUUGCAUCUCCUCACCCUUCACAAGCGACUUCCUUGUUGAAUUUGUUGCUGCUCAUAAAGCAAUCAUCUCUUCAUCCUCUCAGAAAUUGAUGGAUUUCUAUAAUUAGGGCUAAAAUAAUUUGCUGAUAUCCAAGAAAUCCUCAAUUCACAGAAGAAGAAUUCGAGCUUUGGUGUCUUAGAGUUUAUUUGAUCUAUUAUUUUGCUAUGGCUGCAAAGAUUCUUGCAAACCUGAUAGUGAUGGGUGGUGGCAUUUUAGCUAGAGCAUUUGUUCAAGCUUAUCGUCAAGCUCUUGCUAAUGCCUCGAAAAAUGGUGUGGCACAAGAGACAAUACAGAAUACCAUUCGAAGAGCUAAUAAGGUUAUGACAGAGCAGGAGGCUCGGCAGAUUCUUGGCGUGACAGAAGAAACCCCUUGGGCAGAGAUUGUGAAGAGAUAUGACAACUUGUUUGAAAGCAAUGCCAAGAGUGGAAGUUUCUACCUUCAGUCAAAAGUUCAUCGCGCAAAGGAACGCCUCGAGGCUGUCCACCAACAAAAGGGCCCGGACACACCCACUUGAGGACAUCAAUUUUUUCACCUGUCAACCUCAUGUAUAACUAUUUUGGGCUCGACUUAACAAGCUAUAUUUUAUGCGAUUUUAUUUUUGCAUUCUCAAAGUUUCACAAAACCGAAAUUAUCCUCAAAGGAUUGUAAAUGAAUUGCUUGUUAACUGACUGCAAAUAAAGCCAUUCAAAAGCACUGAGAUGAUGUGCUAUUCUUUUAACCUACUUGUAACGAAAAUGAGGGAAUACAACACUCUUCAUAGUUGCUCUCUUGGCU